AUGCACGGCGGCUCCUCUUCAGGUCUGACAAAUCACGUCAGGGACGGUGUUAUUGACCUAAUGGCUGGUACCUUAGGUGGAGUAGCAAACGUCUACGCCGGGCAACCAUUGGACACGGUUAAAGUGAAAGUACAAACAUUUCCGCAGUUGUACACUAAUUGGGUGACGUGCCUUAAGGAUACUUACCGAUUAGACGGCAUUCGAGGGUUAUAUGCUGGACGUUUUACCAGCAUGGCAGCAAAUGUAGCUGAAAACGCUGUUCUCUUUACCGCAUACGGGUAUUGUCAGAAGAUUGUCAGUGUAGUCACUGGUCAUCGAGACGUCAAAACUAUGACGCCAUUCGAAAAUGCAUCAGCUGGUUCAUUGGCAGCCAUCUUUGCAGCGUGCGUCCUAUGUCCUACCGAGUUAGUCAAAUGUCGUCUACAAGCAGCUCGUGAAGUCGGUAUUCGCUGUACCCCUACAUCUGUAUGUAGAGAUAUGUGGCGAGAAAGAGGCAUUCGGGGAUUUUUCAUCGGAAUGACGCCAACGUUAGCACGAGAGGUGCCUGGUUAUUUUUGCUUCUUUGGUGCCUACGAAACUUCGCGAUAUCUGCUAACGAAAGAAGGACAAAGCAAAGAUGAAAUAGGUUCAAUUGAACACACAAGAAAUUUCCGAAAGAGCGGAUCGGUGGAUGGCCGCUCCAUAUGCGCAAUGCAUACUGCCCAUUUGCAUUCGUCACAAAGUCUCGAAUGCAGGUGGCAGGUAGCGAAACAAGAAGGUGUCAUGGCGUUGUAUAAGGGACUGUUACCUACACUAAUCCGUACUUGUCUAGCGUCAGGCUGCCUGUUUGUGACCUACGAGGAAUCCAAGAAGCUCAUGCACUCUCUCUUUUGA